GAUAUUUGUUAUUUAAGGAUUACAAAGAGAUGUCGUUUUGUAGGAGGAAACGACAAGUGGAAGUUCCGUCGUUCGAGUUUGUAUUUGCAUUUUGUGAAGAGAGAAAAGUAGGCGAAAGGCAGAGAGAGAGAGAGAGAGAGAGAGAUCAGAAGAAUAAGAAGAAGAAGAAGGAGAAGGGAGAAGGGAGAAGAAGAAGAAGACUCAUAGGUUGAAUUGAGAGAGAGAGAGAGAGAGAUAUGGAAGAAGCAAAAGCUUUAGCCCAACAACACCAGCAACAGCAGCAUCAGCAACAACAGCAUCAACAGCAACAGAAUCAGCAUCAGCAUCAGCAUCAGCAACAGCAGCAUCAACAACUUCUAUAUCAGCAGCAGCAGCAGCAAUUACAGCAACAACAGUUCAUGUUACUCCAGCAGCAACUCCACAAACAACAGGCCGCCGCCGCCAUUUCUCGUUUCCCCUCCAACAUCGAUGCCCACUUGCGCCCUCACCGCCCCAUCAAUCUCCCCCCUAAUCAUACUCCUAACCCUAACCCUAACCCUAAUCCCAAUCCCAAUCCCUCUCCCGCUCCCAAUCCUAAUGCCAAUGCUAAUCCCAAUUCUAACCCUAACCCUAACCCUAACCCCAAUUCAAGCCCCACUCCUACCCCCACCCCUGCUCCCAAUCCUAAUUCCAAUCCCAAUCAGCAGUCGCAGCAGAAAACCAUCCGACCCGGCAACCACGCCGAGCUCCAGAUGGCCUACCAGGAUGCCUGGCGUGUCUGCCACCCCGAUUUCAAGCGCCCAUUUUCCUCCCUCGAAGACGCCUGUGAGAGGUUAUUGCCUUAUCAUGUGGUAGCUGAUUACGAGGCAGAGGAAGAUGAUAGGAUCCUCGACUCUGAUACCACCGGCCAAAUGCCAUCUCGCUCUCAGCAGUGGGAUCAUAAUAUAUCUGCCAAAGUUGCAGAGUUUACAGCAACGUUUGAGAAGCAAGCUCUGGCCUUCAACAUCAUCUCCCGCAAACGGGCUGUUGGGGAGUUUAGGUCUGAGGAGAGAAUGAUGAUAGAGCAAGCUUUGUGCCAAGAGGAAAAAAGGGCGUAUCUGGAGUUGAAAACAGAGUUGGAAUCAAGAGAGAAAGCUGGGCGGGAGGCUCAUGAGGCUAAAAUGCGAAUGGCUGCCUUUGUGCAGGCAGAGCAUGCAAGGGCCGAGUCACAAGCUCAUGCUGAAAUGAUGUCUCGAGCCCCAAUAAGGUCAAGUUCACAGGGCAACGAGAUUUCAACCGGUCAUAAUAUGGGCGAGCAGGAACAUGGAGUCAAUACAGAUGAGAUGAUAAAUGGAUGGGGAAACAAUGCACAGAGAGACGAGAAGGAGCCUUCCGAAGAUUUUUUGAAUGACGAGGAGACUGAAAAUGGUGAAACAGGCACACAAGAUGGGUGGCGAGAAGUUGGGGAGUUUGAUUUAAACUCAAGAUAAACUCUUGGAAAGUAAUGUCCAUAUUAUGAAGAAUGAAUCGUCUUGGACAUUGUAAUUGCAUUAAUUACAUUGCAAACCAGUGAAGAAGAAUGUUCUUUUGUUUUGUUUUGUUUGAGAGAUCCAUCCACUAGCGAAAUCUUACAAGUGUAGAUACUAUGUCUCACCGAAUUCAUGGCUUUGGUCGAACCUUAAGUUAUUAGCUCUGGUCAUUAGGAAGUAGAUUGUAUAUUUUAGGUUCGUAAGGCUGACACUGAAUUACAUGGAAUUCCUAUUUUUUCAUCAAAAAGUAAUUGAUUGUGAGUGAUGCCAGUCUUGGUGAAGUCAUGUAUAAGAAAAUGGGGAAAACAAAUUUAGGAGAUAUGACCUUCCUUGUUCUCCUCACCUUA